GACACCCCGGGGCUCCCCGGGACCCCAGCGCCCCGGCUCCCGGCCGGCCUCCCCACAUGGAGCUCCGACGGUCUCACACCGGCAGAUUUGAACCGAGGAGGCCAAGCGGCCGGGCGGGGGUUCGCAGCCGCCAUUGGCUGCGGCGGCGCCGUGACUUCAGCGCGGAGGGCGCGGGCGGGAGGGCGCGGGAGGAGCCUGGAAGGGGAGUGUCCGGGAGGCUCGCCGCCCAGAAAGCCGGAGAGCCAGAGGGAAACCGACGCCGGCGCUGACAUGGGCCUCCAGCCCCGGUGCCGCUCGGAGCCCACGGAGGGGACAGCGCAGCCACGCCGGCCCGGCGCUCGCGUCUCUGGGGACCCAGCCCUAUGAUCUCUUCCACGUCACCCCCUCUACCCGCCAGACUUGAGAUCUGACCCCCCUAGCCGCCUGCCGUGCCCCCGGGAGCUCCCCCGUCAUCCCCCGAGGAAGAUGCCUAUCCUCAAGCAGCUCGUGUCCAGCUCGGUGCACUCCAAGCGCCGCUCCCGCGUGGACCUCACGGCCGAGAUGAUCAGCGCCCCCCUGGGCGACUUCCGGCACACCAUGCACGUGGGCCGGGCCGGGGACGCCUUCGGGGACACCUCCUUCCUCAACAGCAAGGCCGGCGAGCUGGACGGUGAGUCCCUGGACGAGCAGGCCGCCGCCUCGUCCUCCAAACGCAGCCUCCUGUCCCGGAAGUUCCGGGGCAGCAAGCGGUCGCAGUCGGUGACCAGGGGGGACCGGGAGCAGAGGGACAUGCUGGGCUCCCUGCGGGACUCGGCUCUGUUCGUCAAGAACGCCAUGUCCCUGCCCCAGCUGAAUGAGAAGGAGGCGGCCGAGAAGGGCUCUGGCAAGCUGCCCAAGAGCCUGUCGUCCAGCCCCGUGAAGAAGGCGAGCUCCGGGGAGGGCGGCCAGGAGGAGGUGGGCGAGGGGGAGCUUGGGCCCCGGCGGAAUGGGGCGGCCGCCCCCCACUCCCCGGACCCCCUCCUGGACGAGCAGGCCUUCGGGGACCUGACAGAGCUGCCCAUCGUGCCCAAGGCUGGCUUGGGGCUCAAGCACGCCGAGUCCAUCAUGUCCUUCCACAUUGACCUGGGACCCUCCAUGCUGGGCGACGUCCUCAGCAUCAUGGACAAAGAGGAGUGGGAACAGGAGGAGGAGGAUGGCGGUUACCAUGACGACGGGGACGCAGCACCACACAGCACCCUGCAGGCUCCCCUGACUGCGGCGGCGGCAGCGGCGGCGGCAGCAGCAACGCCGGCGGGGGGCCCUCCAAGGGCCAGGCAGGAGGGCGCGGCCGGCCCGGACCUGCCCCAGGACGAGGGGUGGGCGGCGGCCCCCAGCCCCAGCUCGGCCCGCAGUGAAGGCAGCCACACCACGCGGGACAGCAGCUCCCUGUCCAGCUGCACCUCGGGCGUCCUGGAUGAGCGCAGCCCAGUCCCCCGGGGCCCCGACAGGGCCCGGGCCCCGCUGUCCCGGCAGCCCGACAAGGAGUUCUCCUUCAUGGACGAGGAGGAGGAUGAGGAGAUCCGAGUGUGAGGGCUCCCGGCCUCCCUGCUGCCCCCAAGCCACCAUCCCCCUUCC